CUGGCUCGCACCUGGCUCCGCGGCCGCGGGAUUCUGCAGCGCCUGGCAGGCUUGCGGACAAGAAUGGCCAGUAUGCCUGUGCCCAUAAGCCUUCCUCAGUGCUCCUGGGGCUGAGCCUGGCUGGCAGCCAUGGGGCUGGCCCGGCCCCAGGCCUGGCUGUCGGGCCUGCCCACAGCCAUGGUCUAUGGCUCACUGGCUCUCUUCACCACCAUCCUGCACAAUGUGUUCCUGCUCUACUAUGUGGACACCUUUGUCUCGGUGUAUAAGAUCAACAAAAUUUCUUUCUGGGUUGGCGAGACGGUGUUUCUCCUCUGGAACAGCUUCAAUGAUCCCCUGUUCGGCUGGCUCAGUGACCGCCAUUUCCUCAGCUCCCGGCCCCGAACAGGCACUGGGCUCUCCUCGAGGGCUGUGGUGCUGACACGGGUGCAGGCGCUAGGCUGGCAUGGGCCACUGUUGGCACUGUCGUUCCUGGCAUUCUGGGUACCCUGGGCUCCAGCUGGCCUGCAGUUCUUGCUGUGCUUGUGCCUUUAUGAUGGCUUCCUGACCCUCGUGGACCUCCAUCAUCAUGCCUUGCUGGCCGACCUGGCCCUGUCAGCCCAUGGCCGCACCCAUCUCAACUUCUACUGCUCCCUCUUCAGUGCGGCUGGCUCCCUGUCCGUCUUUGCCUCCUAUGCCUUUUGGAACAAGGAAGACUUCUCUUCCUUCCGUGCCUUCUGUGUGGCACUGGCUGCUGGCUCUGGGCUGGGCUUUCUGGGGGCCACACAACUGCUGAGGCGGCGGGUUGAGGCGACCAGAAAGGACUCAGGGUGUUCAGCCUUGGCCAUGGAUGGCGGCUUGAAUGGCAAGGAGCUGCUGGUGGGCGCUGAGGAAGUGGGCAGCAUCACCUUGGGCCAGUACCUCCGGCAGCUGGCACGCCAUCAAAACUUCUUGUGGUUCGUGGGCAUGGACCUGGUGCAGGUAUUUCACUGCCACUUCAACAGCAAUUUCUUCCCCCUCUUCCUGGAGCACCUGUUGUCUGACCACAUCUCCCGCUCCACUGGCUCCUUUUUGUUGGGCAUCUCCUAUGUUGCUCCUCAUCUCAACAACCUCUACUUCCUGCCCCUGUGCCGGCGCUGGGGCGUCUAUGCUGUGGUUCGGGCACUCUUCCUGCUCAAGCUAGGCCUUAGCCUGCUCAUGCUGUUGGCUGGUCCAGAGCACCCUGGCCUGCUCUGCAUCUUCAUUGCCAGUAACCGUGUCUUCACUGAGGGUACCUGUAAGCUGCUGACCCUGGUGGUUACAGACUUGGUGGAUGAGGACCUGGUGCUAAACCACCGCCAACAGGCAGCCUCAGCACUUCUCUUUGGCAUGGUAGCCCUGGUGACCAAACCAGGCCAGACCUUUGCUCCGCUCCUGGGCACGUGGCUGCUCUGCUUCUACACAGGUCAUGACCUUUUCCAGCAGCCUACAGUGACUCCUGUGGGGAGUACCCAGCCAUGGCCAGAGCCACCGGCCCCAGCCCCAGCACAGGCACCAAUGCUCCGCCAGGGCUGCUUCUACCUGCUGGUGCUGGUGCCCAUCACCUGUGCACUGCUGCAGCUCUUCACCUGGUCGCAGUUCACGCUGCAUGGGAGACGGCUGCACAUGGUCAAGGCCCAGCGGCAGAACCUAGCACAGGCUCAAACGCUUGACAUUAAGACGGUGUGAGAGGCGUGGCAAGGACACUGCUGAAGUUACUACUGCACCCUACAUACAAGCCACUUUUCCCAGUCGGCAUCAUGCCCCUCAAUCUUCCCUGGGUGCGGCCUGGAGGACAGAUGGCCAGUAAGAGCUCUUGGGGGCUGUGCCAGGAAUGCCACUGAGGUGUGGCCCUCUUCAGCUGACUUAGCUCGGCAAGGGCUGGGCCAUGUGUGCUCAAGGACUUGCCUCUCCUUGUGAGGCAGGAGGAAGACCAGAAGGGGCGGGCCUGCAAGUCCAGCCCUCCGUCUCCUGGCCGGGCCUGGCCACCCUGGCCGACUCAGGAACCACUUCUGAUACUGUGAUUACUUCCCUUUGCCAAGUCAGGCGAAGCUCACGCACUGUAAGUGCUGCUUGUCGUCUUCUGCCCUUCUAGUGGUUUCUCUCAAAGGGUUCUCUGCUUUGGUUACGCUCGAAAUGCCAUACUCCCUCUUUCGCGCUCCCCACCAGGCGUCUAAACUCUAGACAUGCGGUUUUGUUAGCCUGAUUAAACCCCUAGUCUUCCGU